CUUUCACCCCUUGCAUGAUCCAAAACACGCCAAGUAGCGUAGCAUAGCAUUUAUCAUAUCCACCACCACCAAAACCGCGACCUCCACUUGACCCAGUCAACCACCCUAAUCCCUACCCAAUCCCUCAUGUCCUAUCACGUCCCCUUGACAUCUCAUGACAACUUCAAACAUCACCUCCACCCCUCUUCCCCUCUAGACACUCCAUCUGCCAAAUGUCUAGUGGUGUCUUCACCCAAUGAUAGGAGCCUGAUACCACUGGGCCCUUCCAAACUCAUCGCCGGUGUUAAUCACAAAAAAGCAGUCUUUUUCUCCCCUCGUAACGAUACAAAAACCUUCAACGCCAACGACAUCAUCUAUCAACCCUCCAACCCGCCUUCUAUUCGAUCUUAUCGGGAGCAAAUACCUUCCGAUUCUCCUUCCUCUUCUUCUUCCCCUUCUUCUCCUUUACCUACCGAACCGAAAAGUAUACUCAAAUCACGUUGUUCAGAAAUACGAGUCGCAUCUUCCGUAGAAGAAGGUACUUUGAAUAACAAAGAAGCUGCAAGACUUGUGGUAUGUGGUAAAAGACCUAAAAUGUUGACCCGAGAUUCUUUCCAAUUAGCAAUGAUCCGAAAAGCAGCGGCGGAUUCCCCUCGAUCCACAUCCAACUUACAAAAGGGAUCAAAGACAGAUGGUGAUUCUACCAACCCAUCCGAAGAAAUACCAGGAUCGGAUGAUAGUGUAAUGUCUGAUGGGGAUGACACCAAAAGUGUGGAAAAGGAAAAUGAUAGUUCAGAAGAAGAAGAACCAAUAGAAGAAGAUGGAGCUUUAGCAACUUCUUCCCUUGUCGAAAUCAUACUUGAUGGAGCUGAAGAUCUUCUUACUUUGGAAGAAGCUUAUACUACUCUUACUAUGAGAUUACGACAAAGAAUGGUUAAACCUUCCACUCCAAUUUCUUCAAAGAAAUCACAGAAUAGUCCUGAUUCAAGACAAAUACAAAUACAAGAUUUUGAUAUAGAUUCAGAUGCUCUUCGUUUCAUUCGACCUAUACGAGAUGAAGUACCAGCAAUGGUUCGAGCUCUUCAAAGAGAUUUACAAAGACUUUUAGGAAAAGUACCUAAUGGAGAUACACAUUCAAAUGAUGGUAGUUCAUCACCAUUCAGAUCUAUAAAUCCACUUUUACCAAUUCGUACUUCAACUCCUAAUCGGAUGCAACCAACACCUUCACCGACCCCUAAAACCCGUCAAGGAUUCUCAGAAGCAGAAGUUCGAUAUCGUCGUGAAGCUUCGGGUGUUGGAUCGGCAGCUCUCCGACUUUUGGCUCUUAUAUUCAAUACAAAUGAAUUAUACAGUUGUUUCUCCGAAGUGGAUUUACAAGCAUUAUUAGAACACGUCUUGAUUAUCCCCCGUACUCCGAAAAUGCCAACUCCUAAUCCAAAACGGACUUAUUACCUCGCUAUCGUCGUUUUGGCUCAAAUGCGAAUCCCACAAUCUUCAGUUCAACCCACCAAAGAUAAAGUGGUCAGAGCUGUCGAAGCUGCUCUUGAAGAAUCGUUCAGUUUGACAAAUGGAGUGGGAGAAAAAGGUAUCAGUCUAGCUAAGAAAGAAUCUUUCUCAGCUGUAGUAAAUCUCAUCAGUAAUUAUCCUUCCAUCUUCUAUCAACAUUAUUCUGAAUUACUCCCCGUUUGUAUUCACGAAUUAUCAUCCACGAACAUAUUGAUCAGAAAUAAAGCUGCUUCGGUCAUUUCAGCUUUUGCCGCCGCUAAACUCAAUCUUCUCAGUGGAGCUCGGACCAAAGUCGUUACACAGCAAGAUGAUCCUUCCAAAGAUUCGUUCUUGAAACUCAGAGCGAUGAUACAGAAAUCGGAAUUCUUCGUGGUGGCACAAUUGAAAACUGCCAGAAAGGAUCCGAGUAGACCGGGGGUGUUAUAUUCUCAUUCGGGGGAAAGAAGGACGGAAUGGUCAGCAUUGGAACAAAUGUUGAAAGAUACGGUUAGUAAUAAUCAUCAAGCUGGAUGGGCUUGUUCGACUUGGGCAGGUUUGGUGACUUUGAUGGGUGGAGCUUAUAAUUCUUCUGGUUUGGCGAGGGAUUUCGAUCAUAUCAUUGAUCGCUCUCUUCAAGCUUCAACCAACACCGUCCGUCCCAUACUAGCUCGAUCAGCUUGGAACCAUGCCAUCCACUCUUAUCUCUCUUCCGGCUCAUUCACCUCCAUCUCGGAUACAUACGAUCUCAUUCAAUCAUACAAACCAUUCUCCGCUUCAGGUCAACAAGAUCCGUCCCAACGGUUAUACACGAUAAUGUUACCUUUCCGACUCUCUAUUCAAUUAGCCUCCGUCCCAGCUCAGACGACCUUCAUCGAAGUCCCCAAUCCUGAGGGAGGAAGCACCGCAAGAGGUCAGUGGCGUCGAUCUGAGAAAUCCAAGAAACAACAAUGGAUGAUCGUUUGUGGUAAAGCUGCCAUCGCGUUGGUGUACGCAUUCUCCGGUAUCUGUCUGACACAUCAAGAUCAACCCGCUAAAGAAUCUCUCUCCAUGUCGGGCAUUCCUUCAUCGGACGGUGUGAUACCAGAGAAUGACGCGGAAGAAACUAGAUUAGAAUUACAAGAUAAAGUAUGGGAGAAAGUCGUGAAAUUAGUCAUUGGAAAUUUGGCAGGUUUACAAGGUUUGGAUGAGCUCAAGUUACAGAGUUGGGGAAUUUUGAGAGCUAUAACUUCUGUGCCGAUAGAGAAUACGACUUCUAUUGAAUUGGAACGGGAUACGACAGAUGACAACAUUUUCCACGGUCCGAAAAGGGACACGAUGCAGAUGCAAGGUAACAUUUCUUCUCAACGGUCGAAAUGGGAUUUAGACAGGAUUUUAACGAACAAAUAUAUCUGUGGGGAGUUUUAUUAUCCGGAGAAAGAUAAAGAUAUGACGUCUCCUUUAGUCCUGGCGGAAUUGGAAAGAGAAGGAGUUAGAGUAGAGGAGAUUCCUCCUUGGGGAGCUAAAUGGGUAACGAGUAGAUUAGAAGAGGUGUUGGGAGUGUUUCAAGAUUGUCUAAGUGGGAUUAAAGGAUUAAACAAUUACAACAUUGUUCAAAUUACCGAUAUUCAAAAACAUGGAACUCCCCUUCACCCUGUCAACUCAAACAUUCCCAUCAACUCGAACAAUCCGAAUACUCCCACCAUGUCCCAUACUCCCAAAACUACCAACCCCGAUUACAUAAUUUUAUCAGAGAACAUCCCAUUUCCUCUAGAUCUCUCCAUCACAUGGAAAAAUAUCCUCUUAUCCCUCAGAUCGACCAGAAACGAAUCAGAAGCACAAUUCAACAAAGGUCUUACAAUCCUUCUCCGUCAUUUAGUACAAAUCUUCAAUUAUCCACCUGAUCAAUAUCUUCCCAUAUGGUAUCAAGGACAAGAAGGUAGUCUACUCAACCUCAAUUCUGUUCGAAUUGGAUUAAUCUCACAUUUAGUCCAUAUGAUGAUUCAAGUUUUAGGGAAAGAAGUAUUUUGUCUACCUUUGAUUCUUCCCAACGCCGACCUGAAUCCCGUUGCAACCGCUGAACAAUCAUCAUCAACUCAAUUAGACUUGGUCAUCUCCAAAUUAGCUUUCGGACACAAUACAUCCAAUCAAGCGACUUUAGCCGGUAGUUUACUAGGUCAAAUAUUACGUAUCAAACUUACUGGCGAAAUAACUUUCAUCACCAGGAAAACUCUACGAGAGUUAUCACAAACUUUACUUGAUAUUGCUUGUCUAGCACCGAAUCAGGGGAAGUUAUUGGGUGAUUUGACCAAUUGUAUCCCGUUCAUUUUCCAAGAUCAGGAAUUACAAUUGGAUGUAUGGAGGAUGUUGGUUAUGAAAUGGGUGGAAGUAGUGGAUUUAAAUCCUUCUACCACGAUUGGGGGAACGAAUUAUACGGGUGGAUUAUUGUUUUCUCUUUUGAGUUUACCUUUUAAACCACAGGGAAGUGCGGAAUGGUUUCGGGGAGUCGACUCGAAUACAAGGAAGACUGCACGCGAAAAUGAUAAUGGACCCAUAAACCAAAUCCCUCACGAUCAGACCAAGGAAGUUGAGAUAGGACAAGUCAAUGAAAAUAUCCACGAAAAUUCCACCGAAAAGCUAAAUGCAAAGGAGAAUGACAAACAACAAGAAUGUGAAAUCUUGAACGACUUACAAAUAUGGUCAAAUUUACUCCGGACUACCAUCCUUCGAUUCCGUGCGAAAAGAGUAGGAACCAACAUGGGCGUAUUGGAAAGUCUGGCAGGACAUUUGAACGAUUAUUUGACAAAAGAUACUAUCAUCAUGCCAAUGACGAUAAAAUGUUUGACGGAAGCUAUCCGAUGGGUGGAUUCAGGUUUGAGAGAAGAGAAUUUGGUGGGACAGAUCAAUGAGAUGGUUGUACCGGAAGAGUUGUUGACGUUGGUGGUUAAGACUUUGAGGUUGGUUUAUGCUUCUCAGGUAGGAUCAGAUUUGGGAGUUCGGGAGAGGAAUGUGAGGUCUGAGAAUGUAGGUGAUGAGGACGAGGUAGCAUUAGAAAGCGGCGCUACUUCGGAGCAAAAUGCGGAUAGACAAUCGAGGGAUAAUUCAGCACCACAAGAUGGGGAAUCAAAUAUUCGAAAAGACACACAAGAUGAACAAAAGUUGAUCACUUCAGCAGCGUCGGAAUUACUGUCAGCUGUAGGAGAGAUGAUCAUCGCCGUACCUUCCACAGCUAUUUAUGAGGUGUUGAGACUUAUGAAAGAGUCAUUAUCGAUUUGGUUGGCAGAUGAUAGUGUGAUGGUGGUUGAAGAGGAUGCGGUCAAGCUCGACAACCUAUACAUCUCCAUCCUCUCUUCCCUCUUACCUGCAUUCGAAUCCGGUCACAUAUCAUUAGAUUCCACCAUCGUUAACGCUCUCAUCGACAUUUACGCCCCUCGGCUCUCCCUAGCUCAGUCCGCAGAAGUUCCAAAGACUUUCCAGAAGUUUUGGAACAUGACUUUUGGUAAAGUUGAAAAUCUAGAGUAUUCGCCGGACGUGAAGGAAUUCUUGAGAGAUUUGAGUUGUGCCAUACCGGGUAUGAUUCAAGUUCAGGGGUUAGACUUGAAGGGGGUCAUGUCGGAGGAGGAAAGCCUUUCCAAAUACCCUCACUCUCAGUCCCUCCGAACCACGACAAUCAUCCAAGUGGACAAUGUGGAACGACCACUUGUUCCCAUCACGACAGAGGAUGUUGUUACGCCCAACGAGGUGUUGCCUGAACUUGAUCAAUCAUACGAUGCCGAUGUUUCUCAAACCCCAUCGAACUCCCAACCCGUCAAGUCUGCUCCAGUCCAAGUGAACGAACCCUCAUCCCAUCAUCAUGUUCUAGAUCCCGAGGCUGCUCUCUCAUCCGAAGUUCACGUGUCAGAAGCAGACAUAACGACUUCGAACGUGCCUACCCCACAAUCAGAUCCUGGAAUAUCAGGAGAGCAUGAAAUACCCCCAGCUCAACCAGAUGUUUCUGUCAUUGACCACUCUCAAACCCACCCACUGAUCCAUCCAUCUGUCACCUCAUCCUCAGACACACCCGACCUUGUGGAAGAAGCAACAAAGACAAAUAAAGCCGAAAGCCAUACGGACGAAACGGUCAUUUCAGAAACUACCAACUCUCAACUCAACCACAUCCCAACUUCUUCUGAGGGAGACGUCUUCGGUCCUACCAAAAUUCCCAAAAUUCGUGAUAGACGCGACAAGAGAAGAUCAAAACGAUCUCAUAUUCCAUCUUCUCAUCGGGGACUCAGUCGACAUGAAUCUCUUCCUUCGUUCAGUGGGACAUCUCAAGAAGCAGACUCGGACGAUGAAAUAGUUUCCAUGAUCGAUCCGGAUGUAUCUCCAGUCAAGAAACAGAAGCCCAAUCUUUCAAUUUCCAUCUCGGCACCGUUCCUGCCUACGUCGGACCAGGACCAAAAUACCAAAGAAGGUCAAGAAAACCAUGUGCAGCAGGAACAAUAUGGGAAGACUGGGGAGAAUGUCUCGAUCUUGGAUCAAAGACAAUCGUUUAUAUCCUCCGCUACUCGAUGGCUCGGUCGUAUACCUUCCCUAGGUGGAUUAUUCAGUCCGGCUUUGGAACAAGGACGUGAUCCCAUUUCUCGUUCUUCAUAUGACACUCCAUCGCAAGAUGUUGUUCAGUCCUCACAUGGAAACGAUGAUGAAGAAAGUAUCCCUUCUUCUCAAAAUUCCGUAUCGAGAAAAAGAAAACGUAUACCUUUUGUUGAACUUCCUACUAGUAAACGUCAACGUAAAGAUCGAUCUGCAUUAUCGCGAUCAUCUUCUUCUACCAGUAUUGGAUCUUGUUCCCGUAGUAAGGUCUCUGGAUCUGGGUCACGAAGCGGAACUUAUUCUCCUCCCACCACUCAAAAAUCUGGUUCUUUUACUACCAGUUCAAGGUCAAAUUCAUCCAUCAAGCUCAAAUCACGUUCUUCCUCUUCCAUCCCUACCAAAUCGCGUUCUUCCUCUUCCAUAGACAUCGACUCCCAUUCUUCCACGAGCACCAAAUCAGUGUCAAGAACAGAUUCAUCUUCGUUCUCCUCCAGAGGUUCAAGAGCCGGUUCGGUCAAAGAUGAGCCUAUCGUUGUUGAUUCCGACGAGGAAGAAGAUGAACUUUUACUUUCUCCUGAAAGUGCAGCUCGAUUCCGUGAAGAAGCAGCGUUGGAGUUGGAAUCAGAAAAGAUCAAUGGGGAUAAUGAUCAACCUCCUUCUUCUCCUUCUCCACCACCAAGAGCUUUACCUUCUCGAGGACGAAACGUUUCCAGCAGACGAUCUCUUUCUAACACCCAACCUCGUCUAGGACGUAAUCGAUCGUCACAGAGCAUCAACGUCUCUCAGACAUUUUUGGAUCAAGAAGAUUAUCAUUCCUCUUCCAAGUCGGACAAUCAUACUUCAGUCACGUCUUCCAAGAACCAAGAUAUGGGCAAAAGUACUUCCUCUACAUCAUCCAAACUUAAAGAAAGUGACAAAGAUGUUUCUCCCUCAUUAUCCAAACAUGAAGAAAAAGGAGAAACUCAAUCAAGUGGUCGAUUCGACGACGCACCUGAAACUAUCCAUCUCUCACCUCUUGCUCAACGUUUGGUUCAAGCUCGGACUGCUCUACCUGCAGAUCAUCCAUAUCUCACAUCACCCAUCAGAAGAACGGGAGAACAAACGAGAGUUUUGAGAAUGGUAGAAGAAGCAGCUCAAGCCAAAGAUGUUGUAGAAGGAUUAGAUUGGGAUGGAUUAUUAGUCUUGAUGGAAAAUGUCGAAUUGUUGAGAAGAGCAGCUACUAAGAAUCUGAGGGAAAAGGUUAAAGAAACUGAGAGGUUGAAGAAAGGAAAAGUAUGA